AUGAUACGUUCACGAGCAAUAAUACGAUCCCUCCCUUCCCUCUCCUCCGCAUCCAAAGCUUCCUCUUCCUCAAGAAUCGCCGUCCGAUCGCUGGCAACGGUAUCUGAUCCUCCUGUAAGACAUUAUGGAGGGUUGAAAGAUCAAGAUCGAAUCUUCACCAAUUUAUACUGUAAACACGAUCAUGGUCUGAAGGGUGCUCAAAGUAGAGGGGAUUGGCAUAAAACCAAGGAAAUCAUUCUGAAAGGUGAUAGUUGGAUUAUUCAGACGAUUAAAGAUUCUGGUUUGAGAGGUAGAGGUGGGGCUGGGUUUCCAAGUGGUUUGAAAUGGAGUUUUAUGAACAAACCUGGAUGGGAGAAGGAUCCAAGACCCCGAUACCUCGUCGUCAAUGCGGAUGAAGGUGAACCUGGAACAUGUAAAGAUCGAGAGAUCAUGCGAGGUGAUCCCCACAAGCUCGUCGAGGGUUGUUUAGUUGCUGGACGAGGUAUGAAUGCCAAUGCCGCCUACAUCUACAUCCGGGGAGAAUUCUAUCAAGAAGCAUCCCACGUUCAACAAGCUAUCGACGAAGCUUACAAGGCCGGUUUGAUCGGGAAGAACGCCUGUGGAUCAGGAUACGAUUUCGACGUCUACCUACAUCGAGGUGCAGGAGCGUACAUCUGUGGUGAAGAAACAGCUUUGAUCGAAUCUAUCGAGGGCAAACAAGGUAAACCUCGAUUGAAGCCUCCUUUCCCUGCCGAUGUCGGUCUUUUCGGAUGUCCCACAACCGUAGCAAAUGUCGAGACUGUUGCUGUCGCACCUACCAUCGCUCGAAGAGGUGGUGCAUGGUUCAACUCUUUUGGAAGAGAUAGAAACUCUGGUACCAAAGUGUACUGUAUAUCUGGACAUGUGAAUAACCCUUGUGUCGUCGAGGAGGAGAUGUCCAUCCCCCUUCAGGAAUUGUUGGAGAAGCACUGUGGUGGUAUUAGAGGAGGUUGGAAUAAUUUGAAAGGUAUUAUACCUGGUGGUUGUUCGGUGCCUGUCAUACCAAGAGAAGAUUGUGAGAAGGUAUUAAUGGACUACGAUUCACUCAAAGACGCUCAAACAUCUCUCGGUACAGGUGCAGUAAUAGUGAUGGACCAAACGACCGAUAUGAUCUCUGCCAUCGCUCGAUUCUCUAAAUUCUACAAACAUGAGUCUUGUGGACAAUGUACACCUUGUAGGGAAGGUACGACCUGGAUGAUGAACAUGAUGGAUAGGAUGGUAGAAGGAAGAGCUCAGGAAAGGGAGAUUGAUAUGUUAUUGGAGUUGACUAAACAGGUUGAAGGUCAUACGAUUUGUGCUUUGGGUGAUGCGGCUGCUUGGCCCAUUCAGGGUUUGAUGAGGCAUUUCAGACCAGAGGUAGAAGCUCGUCUAGCAGCAUUCCACGCCAAGAACGGACAGACCUUAUUCGGUGGCAGAUUGUUAUCGGAGGCUGAUAUGAGAUACGCUUUACCUGAUAAUUUAGGUGGUGAUGCUCAUAGAAAUAUCGCUCAGAUCUCUGCUCCAUAG